GCGGCGUGAAGUUGGUGAGCCAGUAACACAGUCAGUGUGAAUCGUUGAAAGUUUGCCUUCUGUUGAUGCGGAUGUGUUUUUUCGCUAAUUCUUUGGUCUAACUUUUUCGCGACCCGGACGGGAUGUUGCCGGAGUGAAGCUGAACUUCGAGUGCGAAGAGUGGGGUAGUGGAGUUGCCAUUGUUGUGGCUGAAGUUGUAGACAGAGUGGCCGUCUUGUGGUGCCGCUAGUGUAAAUUAUUUACGAUCGUUCGCUAAAAUAUCAAAGGCCGCAGUGAAGGAAGAGAAAAACGUUUUGCAGUGAAUCCAGAGUGUAGUCCAAGUGCGCUGAUCGAGACCUCCGGGAACCGAACUGCGGACCAAAAGGAAGACGGCAGAGAAGAGAGUGGUGCCAGCGCCUGGAGUCAGAAAAUUUCACCUUGUUCUGAUAACUGGAUGUCCUAAAAACAGUUCAACAGGUUAUAUCGGAUUAAAGCGAAGACCGUUGGGCACUCAAAAGAACGCUAUUGACCGGAAAGUAACGCUUUACGCCAAGGAUCCUCGCGCCUCCUGCAAAACUCUUCCAGUCAGUGGAUGAUUGCGCAUUUUUUCCCGCACCAGUAGGUACCGGCCGCUGCUGGCGUCUUUCGAGGGGCAAAGUUUUAUAACGAAGCGUUUGUGUUAGUUUUUUUUUUAUUUUGUUAUUGCUCGCGCGUCAGUUUCGGCCAGCCGGCGUGUCCGUUGUUGGCAUCCCAGUUGAGCGAACGGCUGAACAAUCAAAAUCGAAUAAAAUCCGUACCGGUUGCCUGAAGCUACACCAGUCCCUGAAAUCGCGGUAGGGACGGGGGAAAAACUAAAAGGAGAACUGAGAAUCGUUUUUCCAUCGCAGUUACGGAAAACUAAUAAAAAAGUGAAGAAAGGAAAUUAAAACUAAACAAACGCCGAUUGCGAGGCACACGGUAGGUACGUGUGUGUGCAGAAACAAUCGCAAGAUAAGUGAAAAAAGAAACUGGCAGUCGUCCUUUAUUGGGAGUGCAGUUUGAAGUGGCAGUAAAGUAGAGUGAAAGAAUAUAAAUUUAUUUUACGAUAAAUUUUUCUACGAGUGUGCCCUGGGGGGAGCUUCUUCGGCAGGCCAUCAAACGGUGUGAGAAAUCACCGUAUUCGUGCAGUGAUUACAAAAAAAGAAAAGCUUUGCCAUCGCAAUUCGAGAGGCGUCUAUACAAAGACGUGGUCCAGUCGAAGAGAUAUUUGUCGCAUCGGUGCGGUGGGCAGAACUACGGGACAGUAAAGGAAAUACCGUCUCCUAACGUUUCAAUAGCUUGUGUCAAUUGCAAAUACCUAGCCUAUCCGUCUGCGCAGUUUACAGUACAUAAAUAGUUUUGCCAGAGUUUAAAAGCGAAAACUUUCCCAGCGAAAAGUGACAGUGCCUACGCCGCCGUGACAAGUGCUGGAAGUGAGAGAAGAAGCAAAAAGUGCAGGCCCACCACCAUCAUUCGUUCGGUCGUGAUUUUAACUUACCGAAGCUGUCAGCCGGGUCUGGGUCUGGUAGCACGACGACGACAGUUGUCAGGACGGACAGCUGAGCGAUAAUAAUGAACAUGAUAUGAACGUCAAGAUUUCACAACAGCACGAUCAAAAGAAACGUCCCGCAUCUAUCUGCAGCAGCAUCCGCAACAAUUCAUCUCGGCGGCAUACCCGGGAGCAUAAAUCUCUAGCAUGAAUUCCCCCCGCCACCCGACGGUACACCGAGGGACGACCAUAGCAGCUAAUAUCAGCAACAUCAGCGCGAGUGCCACCGGUUAUGCCCGCAGCAGCAUCAGAAGCAGCAGUAGCACCACCGUUGAUUCAAGUGUCAUAAUUUACCACCAGUACAACAGCAAUCACAUUGUUUGAAAGUAAGCAAACAAAACAAAAACAAAGCACCUGUAAAAAGAAGAAGAAAAAAAGCCCCAGUCAUAAGUGAUUGUGAUUUACAAUUUCGACCCAAAACGAGUGUAAAUAGUAAAACAAGAAGAAGCUAAAUAAGUUAAAUCGAAUCGAGGGGCCGGAGAAAAAACGAACGAAACGAAAAGUUGUUUUGUGAGUGAGUGAGUGUGUUUGUUAUCAUUGUUGUUGUUGUUAUUGUGUUUGUUAUUGUUAUUGAAGUUUCACUCACCACCACCGGUGGCAAUCACCAUAAAUAGAUCUUAAUUCUUCUUUUACUUCUUUGGAGAAGUAAAAGCGACCACCAACUCUCUGUCGCUCGCUGAGAUUUGUGCGAAAGGAAACAGUUUGUCGUUGGGUGGAAAAUUAAUCAAUGACCAGCUUGAGUUGACGCUUGUCGCCGGAAAGCCACAGUCGAAGAAGAAGAAGGAAAAGAAAACGGGUAAAACAAAAGCGGUGGGAAAAAGAUUUCUCAUCAAACUUGCGUCGAGUGGAAGCAGGCGGAAAAAAGGAGGAGAAAAAAGUGUGGUGACAUCAACGGUUACCAAAUUUAGUGAGACGAAACGCACUACAACGGUGAAAAAUGGAGACCGAGGAAAUUAUCAAGCUUGUGGAUGGGAUUUAUAAGAACAUCCUGGACAAGUUCAACCCCGGUGCGCGGCAGCUGAUCAGCGCCGGCAAGGCCUACCUGAAAGCCCUCCAUGGAGCAUCCGCCGCGUCCGUUCUGUUCAACGAAGCUCUGGCCAAAAUCGCAGUCAACGCUCAGCAAGGAGGAACCAUCGAUAUCGGUUCCGCCCUGAUGAACAUUGUCGGAGUGUACAAAGAGAUCCAGGACCAGCACAUGAACAUUCUGAAGGCCUUCUACGUUGACUUACUGGUACCGCUGGAGACCAACCUGGAGAAGGACACCAAGGUGGUGCAGUUCGAGCAGAAGCGCUUCCUGCAGCAGCAUAAGCUGCGCUCGGAUAGCUACAGCAAGGCGGCGGCCACCAUGAAAAAGUAUCGCAAGAAAAGUACUUCCAAGAGCUCACCGAAGGAUGCCGAGAAGGAAAUUAAGAGCAUCCAGACGUUCGAGGAGGAGAAACACAAGCUGGACCAGUUCUGCGAGAUGAGCUUGAAAAAUGCCAUGACUCAGGAACGGCGCCGGUAUGGGUUCGUGCUGGAGCGGCAGUGUUCGCUGGCCAAGCACUGGAUGGCCUAUCACCACUCGGGACAUUUGAUCAUUGAAAAAUCGCUGGAAAAUUGGAACGAAAUUGCUGCCACACGUGAGUUUUUGCCGUCAAAUGUGGAGAACAUGUUUAUCUCCCGGCAGCUGAAGGAUAUCGAGGAUGAUGACGACGAUGCGCAUUCAAUUGCUUCGCAAUUGCGCAAGACCCGCUCGAUUGAUGCGUCGUGUUUGGAUAUGCGCUCGCUGGGUGACGUCGUGAACAGUUCGAUGAUGCAAAUGCCGAGGGCCAAAUCGGAGUUCAAUCUGAACAACAGCAGCAGCACCAGCGCUAGCACUCUGGUCGGUACGAUGAGCAACUCGGUCGGCCCGGGAGGACACCACGGGGUGAUGAGCUCGACCAUGAAGAGCGCCGACGGAUCGCAGUGGGAACGGCCAACCGUGAAGGCACUGUAUGCGUAUCUGUCCUCCGGGGAGAAUCAGCUGAGCUUCCUGGAAGGGGACCGAAUCGCACUGGUCGGAGACCGUGCCAAGGGCUGGCAGUUUGGGGAGAAUUUGCGAACGCAAAAGUUUGGCUGGUUCCCAAUUGCCUACGCCGAAAGCGAGAGAGAGGAAAAGGAGAGCAUCAACGAGUGGGUGAAAGCCCCACCGAGCGAGAUCGAGGUGGACAACACGCCGGAUUCGUCGCUGGACAGUACCCUCGUGGAUGAGCAUAUGUCGAAGGGUAAUAACAGCUCGUACCAUGAGGACGCUUCGCCAACGCGAAUGUUCGGUGACACCAUCCAGUAUCGACAGUCGAAGCAAUUUCGCCGCCUAUCGCGCGGUGAAAAACCUCCAAAACCCGGUCCUCCACCGCAACUGCCGGCACCGGUUCCAACACCAGUCGUGCCUAACUAUAGCAAACCACCCGGCAUUCCACAGUCCAACAGCUUCUCCUCGUCCGGAGGGGCUCCGCAGAUCGAAAAGCGAAAGACCACUUCGGCUACGAUGAAUUUCAACAAAUCGCAACCGUCGAGCAAGCCGAAGCAAGUGCCCCGCAACGGAAUUGCCAGUGCCUCACUGCACAGCAGUAACGAUAGUGGAUUCUCGAAUGAGCCACAGCCCCAACCGGAGCCGGAUCUAUACUCCGAUGAGGAAGCGGUAGCUCGGAUUCCGAUUCGCUCCUCCCGCUCGGAGAAGAACCUCUCGUCACCGCACUCAAUGGAGCGAGAUUUGAGCGAUCAGCGUUCACCGCACCGUCGCUACGUUGGAUCGAACGGCGACAACGACGAUGACGACAUCUACGGUACCAUUGUGCCGUCCCGUCGGCAGCAUCCGAACAUGCGACAGGCCAACAGCUUCGGAAACAUUGCCGACAGCAACAGCGGCACGCUGGAGUAUGCCUACCGUUCGCGUACGCGAAUGUCCGAAGGUAACAACACCAACCAGAGCGAUUCGCAGAAGAUUAAGCGAACGAAAUCGUUCUGGAAGUUUUCGAAAUCGCAGGAUCACAUCCUGGAGGGGAUGGCCAUGUGGAAGCACAAUGACAUCAUUCCGACUGGGAAGGAAAAACGCGAGAUGGAAAAGAAGGAAGCGACGUUGAAGCGAAACAUGCGCAAGAAGGAACAAAUGGAAAAGCAGAAGCAGAAGGAAAUGAUUGCGGCAAAGGAAGUUGAGGAAGCUCGCAAGAAGGAGAAUGCCAGGAAUGUUGAGAGUGCCACCCUGAUGAGGAACCGUGAACGAGAACGAGAGCGAGAACGGGAGCGCGAGCGAGACCGCGAUCGGGAACAGGAAAUCGAACGGCAGCAGCGAGAGCGUGAGCAGCAACGCGAUCGGAUGAGAGAACAACAGCAACGACCACACAGUAUUGCCGUCGCGGCAGAGCAGGAAAAAUUCCCAAUUACCAAGUCUGACAUCGACAAAAGGAUUUCUAAGCUGGACGAAAUGAAUCAACAGCAAUCGAAAAAGGCAAAUCAAUCCAGACAGGAGCGGCAAGAUCGUCAGGAACGGCAGGAACGACAGGAACGACAAGAACGACAGGAACGACAGGACCGUCAAGAUCGGCAUGAACGCGAUCGUCGCCACGAUGAAUCAGAUCGAAAACCAUCUAAAGCUAAUAAGAAUGACUCGAAUAACAACCGAAACAACUACAACAACCGAUUGGAACACGAUGAACAAAUAUACGGAGACUCGAUGCAGGUUAUGUCGAAGAGUAAGGAAAAGUACAGAACCAACGAGCGAGAGAGUAGCAAAAACCGGAACAACAACGCGCUGAACAAGUACUACCAGGACCAGCACUUCGAUGAUUUCGCCAUCAUUCCCGGGGACUCGAUCAUGAUUCAGGACGCCAGCUUUUACGACGACGACGGCAUGAUGGACGACAUGAUGCUGAUGAAAACCGUUCGCAGGAAAGAAAUACUGAAGCAGUACUACUCGAGUGGAACGGACACCGAGCGGAACUCGUCCAGUUCGGAUCCGUACGAUUGCAUCGUGGUUGACGAUCAUCUGGUCUCGGCAGCCGACAUGAUGAUGCGAAAGAACCGAGGCGAGAAGGUUCGUGACAACCGCAAGAGCAACGGCGAAGCGAGCCGAAUGGAUGGGUCCAAGAAGCAGGAGGAAAAAAUGACCUUCUCCACCUUCCGUGGGACGGCCGUCGAUGAGGAUGAAGCUAUGAUGAUGAUCGAGGAUGAAAUGAUGGAAGAACCCAGGGAACGUAGAUCGAAACUCUCCAAGGCAAACAGUGCCGGACCGAUCAUGGAUUCGAUGAAGUACGAGUCGGAGCAGGAAACGAGGAUCAGCGCGAAGGUGAACAACAACGGAAACCAGAAACGGAAGUCGACGAAAUCUUCGGCGUCCGAUGGAAAGGCAUACGGUCCCUGGUAUGACCUUUGGGGAACGGAAUCUACCAUGCAAAGUCAGAAAUAAAAAUUCCAAUUUUAUUAUUUAGAUUUAGAAAUUGAACACAAGAGCGAAUCCCACACCAGACACCAAUCCAACCAAAUGCAUAGUCACAACUCACACACACAUAACAAUUCAAGCUCAUACAAUGUACUCCACAAUCCCGAGGUUAGACAAUCUUUAUCGCUGGCGUAAAGAUUGAGGUUAAUCCCUACAACACACACAGAAAAGUACACGCGUACACUGACAAAAACCCGAAUUGAACCAUUCCGGAAACUUUUCAUCGCAGUCUCAACAAAACAAACAAACGAAAGAAACGUGAAAAAUCGUACCACCAACGAACCGGAUAGUAGACCUACUGAAAAGUGAAACUCCGAAGUCCAAAAAGUUGAACAAACACACACACACCCUCACUCACUCACAGUCACACAGGAAACAAUCUAACAGAGCUCAAUUUUUCUUAAAAAUAACCAUUAUAGUAGAACAAUAUGUUAGAGAAUACAGUUUAAGUUUAGUCGAUAGCCCUAUUGUUAUUCGAAUGUUGAGUUUAGCGAAAACAGAUUUUUAUCGUUUGUUCUAUUUUUAUUUUUAUUUUUUAUUUGUUUUUAAUUUCGUUUUGCAGUCUAAUCCAAUUAGGAGACAGCCAUCGAUCGGUUAGAAAUCGAUUAGCAUGAAGUUUUGGUGCUUAGUUCUGUAAGGAAGUAAAAGAAAAACACUUAAAGUUUUAGUCUAAAACCAGUCUACGUUACGCGUACUUCUAUUGUACUUCUUCGGUUGAGGUGUUUUCAUUUUUGAUCGUUAAAAAUUGUUUAUUUUUAUUACACUUAUACCUAACUAGCUACUUAAUCCCCUCCUCCUCAUCAGUUAGUCAUCAGUAGUGCACUGUUAAAUAAUAAUAAUAAUAAUAAUAAUAACGUCCGAACGGGUUGCCCUCCCCAAAUGAAAUAAUACGAAAAAAAAUCUAGUUUUUACAAUUACCAUUAGUGAUAAUGUAGUUAAAGUAAGCGAAGCUUAAGACAUGUCAGUGGUUAGAAGAAAAAAACACUGAGAGAAAAAAAUAGCCCGAAAGUGCCAAUCGAAAACGAGAAACCGAACCGAGCGGACCCCGAGCCUGUGUGUAGACAAUCCGUCGCACACAAUAGAAUGAAAGAUUUCACAGAGUCAAGACACAGGCGGACCCAUUUUUGUGCCCUUAGAGUUUUGGUUUCCACGCAGAUGUACCGUUUGUAAGUUUGCGAAAGAAAGCGAUAUUAUUUCUACCAGGUCUUUUUUUCUGUUGAAGAACAGUGUACAUUACCUUUCGAGUUCUUUCUAACAGAUAGGUUUUAGAUUUCUUACGUUUGAGUUUUCUCGUAUAAUUUAUGCCCUGUUUAUAAGAAAGCAAACAAUAUUGUAACUACGAUU